AGAGAAAUGAACAACCAUACAGUGAUCACAGAGUUUGUCCUCCUAGGCCUUUCUGAUGAUCCUGACCUUCAGAUUGUGAUCUUCCUCUUUCUGUUCAUCACGUAUGUAUUAAGCGUCACUGGAAACCUGACUCUCAUCACCCUAACCUUGAUGGACUCCCAUCUGCAGACACCUAUGUAUUUCUUCCUCCGGAACUUCUCCUUCUUAGAAAUCACCUUUACAACUGUAUGCAUUCCUAGAUUUCUGGGUGCAAUUAUCACCAGGGAUAAGACUAUUUCCUAUAACAACUGUGCAGCUCAACUCUUCUUCUUUAUUUUCAUGGGGGUGACAGAAUUUUACAUUCUGACAGCCAUGUCCUAUGACCGCUAUGUGGCCAUCUGCAAGCCCCUGCAUUAUACAACCAUCAUGAACAGGAAACUCUGCUCCCUGCUUGUGUUAUGUGCGUGGCUGGGAGGGUUUCUGACCAUUUUCCCACCACUUAUGCUUCUCCUUCAACUGGAUUACUGUGCUUCCAAUGUCAUUGAUCACUUUGCUUGCGACUAUUUUCCCCUCUUACAACUAUCUUGCUCAGAUACAUGGCUCCUAGAAGUAAUUGGUUUUUACUUUGCUUCGGUUACUUUGCUAUUCACUUUGGGAUUAGUGACUUUGUCCUACACGUACAUCAUCAGGACUAUUCUGAGAAUCCCGUCUGCCAAUCAGAGAAAAAAAGCUUUCUCCACUUGUUUCUCUCACAUGAUUGUCAUUUCCAUCUCUUAUGGAAGCUGCAUCUUCAUGUAUGUUAAUCCCUCUGCAAAAGAAAAGGCAUCAUUGACCAAAGGAGUCGCUAUUCUCAAUACCUCUGUUGCCCCUAUGCUGAACCCCUUCAUUUAUUCACUGAGGAACCAGCAAGUAAAACAAGCCUUCAAAGACUUGCUCCAGAAAGUAGUGUUUUCCACAAAUAAAUGAAAUUAGGACUUUUUUUUUCUUUUUUAGUAAUAAUAAAGACACACCUG